CGCAGCUCCGGGGCCGUCACUUUGUGUAGCGCGGGGCGCGCAGGCCCCGGCCCGGCCCGGGUGUCCGGCGGCGGCUCGGCGGCUGGCGCGCGCGGUGAGCGGGCGGCGCGGCCGAGUUGAGGCUCCUGGCAGAGGCGAUGGCAGCCCCUCGCACGACUCAAGACUCGCCCGCUGCCCAGCUGGAGAGGCUGGACGGAUCGGAGUGUGGUCCUGACCAAGAGGAAGACGAGGAGGAAGGAAAGGGGGAGGAGGUGGAGGCGCUGGAGGAGCGGCUAGUGGAGGUGGUGGUGGACGCGGAUGUGGAGGUGGAUGGCACAGUGGAGGCGGCGCUGGCAGAAGAGCAGAGUCCAGCAUCGGGGGCCCAGGAGUGCCCCCGCGGUGGCAGGGACACCGAGUCGCCGGGCCUUCAGGAAAAGGCCCUGCAGGCCUCCUGGGCUCCAGCCACGCCGGGGGAUGAGGACCUGGAGCGGGAUGGGGAGGGGGACGAAGAGGAGGAGGACGAGGACGAGGUCGACUCCCUGACGUCUGGGUCUCAGGGGCUGGUGACCUUUGAAGACGUGGCUGUGUACUUCUCCCUGGAGGAGUGGGAAAGGCUGGACGCAGACCAGCGGGAGCUCUACAAGGAGGUCAUGCGGGAAAACUAUGGGAUCCUGGUGUCCUUGGGAUACCCAGUCCCCAAGCCGGAUCUGAUCUUCCGGCUGGAGCAGGGAGAGGAGCCGUGGGUCCCGGACAGCCCCCGUCCCGAGGAGGGAGACAUCGUCACUGGCGUCUACACAGGGGCCUGGUUCUGGACUGAUGACAUAGAGGACCAUGAGGAGGACGACGAUGAAGACUUCCUGGCAGAGGUGGCAGAGGAGGAGAACGAGCCCCCGGGGCUGUGGUCGGCGGCCUACGGAGUGGGCGAUGUGCCUGGGACCUGGGGCCCUGAUGACUCGGAUUCUGCGCAGACUCCGGAGGGCUGGGGUCUGGACCCCGGCGGGCUCGGGGUCCUGGCCCCGGGGUCUGAGUCGAAGCCCUUUCUGCCGGACCGGGAGCCGGGUACGAGCCUCCUGGCGCCCUGGGCGUUCCCAGCCGCGGUGGCCGCGCCAGCCGGGCGCCCGGAGACGACCUGCGACGUGUGCGGCAAGGUGUUCCCACACCGGUCCCGGCUGGCAAAGCACCAGCGCUACCACGCGGCAGUCAAGCCCUUCGGCUGUGACGAGUGCGGCAAGGGCUUCGUGUACCGCUCGCACCUGGCCAUCCACCAGCGCACGCACACCGGCGAGAAGCCCUUCCCGUGCCCAGACUGCGGCAAGCGCUUCGUGUACAAGUCGCACCUGGUCACGCACCGUCGCAUCCACACGGGCGAACGGCCUUACCGCUGCGCCUUCUGCGGCGCGGGCUUUGGGCGCCGCUCCUACCUGGUCACGCACCAGCGCACGCACACAGGGGAGCGGCCCUACCCCUGCCCACACUGCGGCCGCAGCUUCAGCCAGAGCUCGGCGCUUGCGCGGCACCAGGCGGUGCACACGGCCGACCGGCCCCACUGCUGCCCCGACUGCGGCCAGGCCUUCCGCCUCCGCGCCGACUUCCAGCGCCAUCGACGGGGUGGCGGCUGUGCGGAGCCGGGCAGCGAGGGCCCUCGGCGGGAGCCCUGCAGUGAGACGGGGCCCGCAGCGGGGCCCGAGGAGGCCGAGGCAGGGCCAGAGGGGCUGGAGGGGCCCGAGAUCGAUGAGGCGGACGGAGAGACUGAGGGAGAAGCCGAGGUGAGAGAGGCGGCGGUGGAGGCACCCACCCCGCGGAGCAAGGACGACCCUGAACCGGACAGGCGGUUUCUGGGGCUGGGCAACGGCCUGGGGGAGGGCGAAGGCCCUUCUUCGCACCCGCUCGGCUUCCACUUUCCCAUGCACCCCAAAUCUUGGCUCCACCCGGAUGGCUUUCCGAUCCUGGGCCUCCCGGACUUCGGGGAGCGGCUGCCGGCCGACGGGCGCCCCCUGCCCGGACCCCUGGGGGGCCGGCUCUCCCUGGUGGAGGGCACCGGGCUGGCCUGCGACCCUUUUGGCGGCGGGGCUGGGCCUGGAGGCGCCAGCGGCCUGCGCGCGUUCGGGCCUGCUGUCGGGGGGCUGCUGGCGGAGCCGGCACCCGCCGCGCUAGCCGAGGAGGAGAGCCCGUGGAUCUGCUCCGACUGCGGCAAGACGUUCGGGCGUCGCGCGGCUCUGGCCAAGCACCAGCGCUACCACGCAGGCGAGCGGCCGCACCGCUGCGCCGACUGCGGCAAGAGCUUCGUGUACGGUUCGCACCUGGCGCGCCACCGCCGCACGCACACCGGCGAGCGGCCCUUCCCGUGCCCGGAGUGCGGCGCGCGCUUCGCCCGUGGCUCGCACCUGGCGGCGCACGUGCGCGGCCACACGGGGGAGAAGCCCUUCGUCUGCGGCGUGUGCGGCGCGGGCUUCAGCCGGCGCGCGCACCUGACGGCGCACGGGCGCGCGCACACGGGCGAGCGGCCCUACGCGUGCGGCGAGUGCGGCCGCCGCUUCGGGCAGAGCGCGGCGCUGACGCGGCACCAGUGGGCGCACGCCGAGGAGAAGCCGCACCGCUGCCCCGACUGCGGCAAGGGCUUCGGCCACAGCUCGGACUUCAAGCGGCACCGGCGCACGCACACGGGCGAGAAGCCCUUCCGCUGCACCGACUGCGGCCGCGGCUUCGCGCAGCGCUCCAACCUGGCCAAGCACCGGCGCGGCCACACGGGCGAGCGGCCCUUCCCGUGCCCUGAGUGCGGCAAGCGCUUCUCGCAGCGCUCGGUGCUCGUGACGCACCAGCGCACGCACACGGGCGAGCGGCCCUACGCCUGCGCCAACUGCGGCCGCCGCUUCUCGCAGAGCUCGCACCUGCUCACCCACAUGAAGACGCACCGCGGCGCGGCGGGCGCGCCGGUCCAGGCGCCCGCGGCGCCCGUGCCCAAGGCCGAGGCGCCCGCCAAGGGGCUGCCGAGCGCGGGCGCAGGGACCGGGCCCGAGGAGCACGGCAGUACCCUGCUGGAGUUCGCGGGCGGAACGAGCUUUGGCUCCGAGCCGACGGCCGCCUUCGCGGGGCCUUCGGGCGUCUACGAGGAGACCAUCCUGUGAGGGCCUGUGACGGAGGCGCAGGCCGCUAGGCCGCCGGCCCUUUGCUCCUCUGGCCUCGGGGGAUGCUGAGGGCCCCAGCCUGGUGCGGUGCCUUACCCUCAGCCCCGGUGCACCGGCCUCAGGCUUCCCUCCUGCUCGGCCCUAGAGAACCGGCCGCCGAGCUCGCAUGGCCGUGCGGGGGGCGCGGGGGGCGAGGCGAGCCGCGCGCGGAGCCGAUGGGGCAGGGGCGGCCACCCCGAUGGGAGACUGCGACAUCCCUGGAUCGAUGCGGUGAGGCCACGCGGUGGGGACGGCCGGCGAUGUUAUUUAUUUUACCCGGGUUCGAUUUGGGUGGUCCAGGGGAGAGGUGGCAUGUGAGUGAGUAACGGGGGUUUAACGUAUCGGCGAGGGAGGGGAAGGCCUUGCGUCAAGGGAGGGUGGGGUGGUCGAGGGAUUUGGCUGACGACUUCUUCCCAUUCCUCAGCGGGAGACUUCAGGGAUCUCCUGGCCCUUCAGAGUAUGUCCAGGAAACGUUAAGGACUGUGCGUGGCGAGGGGAGACCUCGUGGGUUUUCAGAGGACGGUGUUCCUCCCUAAUCCGGGGUGGGGGAAGCAGAGAUGCACCUGGGAAAGCUUUUAUUCUGUGACCGCGGAUAUUUGUUUCCAGUGCUUGUAUGGCCUGAAGAAUCUGGAAGGAGGAGAAAAAAGCCAGAAACCAAACCGUGGCCCCAUGCAAGGUGGGGUAGGAUCGGGUAGCAGGUGUCCACAGGGUCCCCAGGGACCUUGAAGCCUUACUCUCCAGGGUCCUCACUCUGCUCACCCCACUGGAGCGCCGAGAUCCAGCCUGGUGGCGUGGGGUUUAGUCUUAACUCCCCCUUGGAAUCCUUUGGUGCCCUUACCCUGGGCAGCUGGAGGCACGCACUCAGAGAUUCCCCCACAGCGCUGCCUUCGGCUCCCCGGCUCCUCUGCCUGCACGGGGGCGGGACAUACAGGGCCCUGCUCUUCUGAGCCCGUGGCUCGCUUAGAUCCAAUAACCCAGCGUAAAGUGACAGAGGUCGGUAGCAAGGUCGUUUCUUAACAUCCCAUGAUUAGGGCUGUGACCGCCCAGCCCUCUCACCCCAGGCUCCUUUCACUCUGCCUCUGUUUUCCUUCUACGCUAGAAGCCAGCAGUGUUUCUGUUUAGAUUCCCAUUUCACAGAGUGGGCGGUAAGCCAUCCACCUUGGGGGUUCCGACCUGAGCCCGUGGCUCAGUGACUGACCAAGAAUCCAACUAUGCAAGGCCCGUGGCCAGCACCCACCUUCCAGGCCGGCCGUUUGGAGCCACUAGGUCACCUGCAAGACACCUGCCCCGCCCCACCUUGAUGUUUUUUUUUGGCCAAUAUGAGUGGGGCCAGAAAACCGGAAUUUUGAAGCACCCUUAUUCUCUUCUAGACCUAGUCCCUUCUGUGUUAGUGUAGAUGUGGCCGUGGGGCCUGAGAGCCGGCAGCCAGACUGCUAGAGGCUGGGCAGUAGGAGGCAGCGUAGUCACCGUAGUCGGUGGGUGGGAGGAGGGCCUGGACUGCCGGAUGGUGGUGGUGAGAAUUAGCCUGGCCGAUGGGGGUGGAGUGGGUGGGGUGGGGGGUGAGGAGGACAGGGAUUCCCAGGGAGGCACCAGCGGUGUUGGCUGGUGCCCUCUGUCCCUGGCCUCUCUCCCGCUGUGGGAAGGCGCCUCAGGAAGGGCCCAGGGCAAGGUGGGCCAGCCCUGCUUGGCCAGGGUCCGGUCCAUGCCCAUCCUGCAUGGCCCAGCCUUUGAGCACAGACCUGCAGCCCUGCCCCACAGCUGUUGGCAGGAGGAAGGACCUAGCUUUAAUAAAGAGUGGACAAACGA